AAAGAGCAGAAUAAACAGUCGGAUACGGCAUUUAUAUAAUGCGAGUGUUGAACUGUUGAUUUGAAAGUUAGGGCUAGGGAUAUACGUAAUGUAUAAAUUGUUUAUGAAAUUUAGCAGCUGAUAUACGAUGAUGAGAAAAUAGAUUAAAGAAGAUGAAGAACUAAAAUUGUAUUCAUAUAUACAUUUAACUUAAGUUAUUUACAUAUUCUAUUCACUAGCCGAUUUAUAUAAAUUACAAUGAAGAAAGUACUGAAGGCCACAAAGAUAUUCAUGUCCAGUAAAAAGGAAGCUAAACCUAACGCUUUUAGUGAUCACAGCAAUACUGGCCUUGCUAAUCAGCGAUCAAGCACUGCAUCUCAGGGUUCGACCUGGAAUAUUAAUUCAACUUCUUUAUGUACGUCUUUAGGCUAUAAAGUAGAUUUAACUUUAGAGUCGGAGGAUAAAAGGUUUACAAAACUCCACAAAGCAUGCUGGCUGGGAAGUGAAGAUAAAGUAAAGAAACAUAUAAAAAAAAUAGAUGUAAAUUCCCGUGAUAAUGAAAACAGAUUACCAUUACAUCUAGCAACUGCACAAGGACAUAAAUCUAUUGUGGAAUAUCUUAUUGCCCAUAAAGCUCUUAUUGAUGUAAUAGAUGGUGAAGGAAGAACACCUUUGAUGAAGGCUGUUGAAUGCUACCAUGCAGAUAUAGUCGAAUUUCUACUGACCUGUGGUGCUAAUGGUAAUCUUUCUGAUAAGUAUGGAGAUACAUCACUUCACUUGGCAGUGAGGACUGGACAGCCAGAAGUUGCCUUUACACUCUUGAAGCAACGACUGGAUGUUAAUGCAAGAAAUGCUGAAGGAUGGACUCCACUUCAUGUGGCCACAGCUCAGAGACAACAAAAUGUUGUGAAGUGCUUGCUAGAAAUGGGUGCUUUGAUAAAUUCAGCUGAUGAAGAAGGAAAGACACCACUUAUGCUGGCAAGUAAAGCUGGGAAUGCUCCUUUAGUGUCUUUGUUACUCAGCAGUGGAGCCAAUAUAGAAAUGCAGGAUAAUCAAGGAUGGACUGCUUUAGAUUUUGCAGCUUUAACCUGUAAAUCUGAAAUAGUAGAUAUUUUAACUCAAAAUAUGAAAACAGUUGAAGAGAGUGCAAAAGAAAGUGAUCCUGAAAGUGGAGCACAUGACAAAGACACAUGGAAUGAUAAUGAUAGUAUCAAUGAAUAUUUGAACUUGGAACAGAAUGAACCAGAAAUCGUAAUAAAAGAAGAUUUGCCAUCCCCAGUUAUCUCUUCUUCACACGAACCUGGAGCUCCAAUGGAAGUAGAAUCUUUGGAAGCAAAAGAGAGAAAACAUGGUUCAACAGAGAAAGAAUUUGCAGCAGUAGAACAGAGAAAGCUUGAUUUUCUUAAAGAAUUUGGUCUUAGUGACCCUAGUGAAGUUAGUACUCCUGAGAUUAGUAAUAUCUCUGAUCUGAAAGAAAAACAAAAUGAUGAAAGAAGUCAAAACAUACGUGAUGAUACUGAUAUAGAUCAAGACUUGUCUACUGUAGAUGAAGCAAGCCAACAUCAAGAAGGAGGUCGAAUCUCUGAAGAAACAGAUGCUGAGAAGGAAUAUUUAAUCUCUGGUACAUAUCUGACAGAUGAAGAUAAAUUACAACCAGCAUCAGAGGUCACCAAAUCAAUUCUAAAGAGUGACUGGAUGAUUGCAGCUCAUUCAAGUUCUGAAUCAGAGUCAGAGGUAGAGGAUAUUGUUUCUCCUUCAUAUAUUCCUUCUGCUUCAGUGGUGAGAAGGAGAAGCAGUACACACAUUUAUUCUCCUGAUGUUUCUCCUACAAAACAACCCCUUUCUUUUCCUACUACCUAUCAUUCCUCCCAUCCUGAACAAACUCCAACCUCAUCUUCACCUUCUCAUUCCAUUGCUCCUUUUAGUAAAAACUCAGUAGUAGAUUCACCAGAGAGCCCUUCAAGUAAGCACAUUUACAAGAGAAAACAUUUUUCUGAGUCUCCUGAAACCAGUUUUCAUGAUGACAAAAUGUUUGGUUUCACUUCGAGUGUUGGAAUUCCACCUAAAGAACUCAUGAUAAAGGAAGAUCAUGCUCUAGUUGACCCAUCAGAUGUGCUGACUGACAGUGAGUGGGACAGUGAAGCUUCAGCAUGUAGUAAUGAAGAAAAUAUUAUAAAUAAAAGUAUGAAUCAACAGGAAAAUGGGUUGGAGAAGGCAAAAGACCAGGAGACGAAGAAUAUGGGGGAUAGUAGGAAAAGAGAGGAUUCUUAUUUAGAACAGUCAAAGGAGACAUCAUGUCCAGAAUCUCUUGAAGGGACACUUGGAAGACCUAAUACUCUGCAAGGAUCGGAAGAGAUGUGGGAGAAAAAUGCAAUAGUCAGUGUUAAAGAUGUUAAGGACUCUAAUGGUGAGAAGCAGGAGGAUUUUCCCAAACAUUUGCAUUCUUUUUCUUUCUCCAGUGAAAAUUCAUUUAUUAAUGUUGAAGAUAGCCAGGUAGCAACAAAUUAUAACAACAUUAAUGCUGAUGUUUUUUCACAGACUACCAACAUUAGUGCAAAAUAUAUUGACAAAACUCAAUUUGUAGACAAUCAACUCUUAUGCAAUACAAGAGAUGGUGGAAAAGAAUUAGAUAAGUGUAUUGUUAGUUGUGUAGAUGAGGCUGAAGAAACUAACAAUAAAGAAAAUAAAUAUGAAGUAGAACCAGUUUUCAGAAGUCUAGAAAAAUCAGUAUUUGACAUUGUUCAAAGAGAAGUUUGUACUGAAGCAAGAUCUCUAGAAAAUGAUAAUCCUAACAUGUUGGAAAAAAUAUUCACAGAAGAACACAAUGAAAAUAUUCACUCUUCUAUAACCAGCUCUAAACAACAUGAUUUAGUUGAGGAAAUCUUUGAUUACCAAGUAAGAGACAUUGAACAUUUAGAUAGCAAAGAUAAUCAAAAGGUUGAACAAACUUUUAUAAAUCAGAAUCAUGUGUUAAAAUUUGAUUCUAAAAAUCUACAGAAAGAUACGGUCUUACUUUCUGACACGCGUGAUGUCCAAGAAACAGUUGGAGAUUCUGUCAGUUGCAGUGAUUCUGAGCAGAUUUGCAACAUCUCUAAUGGACAUGGGUUUGUAUCAAAAAAUAAUUUGGAAGUUCUUAUUCAUGAAGAUAAUAAACAGUUCCAAUAUGAUGCACUUUCAACAACAUUGGGUAUAGAGAAGGCAGAAGAAGAAACUGUCUCUGAUGCUGUAGCAGUAUUUGUAGGUGAUGGUAAGAACAGUCAAUCAUCAAGAGUUCCAGAGAAAAAACUCCCAAGACCUACCUUUUUAAAUCUUCAAGGUACGUUAAAUACUUGUAAGUCAAAAAACUCUGUAAGUAUUCAGAAACAAGAUAUUUCUAAUGACUUGUGUGUAAAUAGACAUAUUUGGAAUUCAGUAAAACCUCCAUCUCGACUUACGUUUCGUAGAAUGAGUGUUGAUCAGCUUGAGAAUGAAGGCAGAAAUCAUUUCCCUCGUGAUGUAGGGAAACAAAAUGCUGUUAAUAAAAAUAAUCUUGCAAAUGUGGGAUUUAAUCACAGUAGGGAUUUUAGUUUUCAAAGAAGAGCAAGUCAUGAUUUAUCAUUAGCCAAUACCUAUGGCAAUUACAUGAGGGAAAAGCGAAUGAAACUGAAACGAAGUGUCACUACUUUUGAUGAUACACCUACUUCUGAAAGUGAAAUAUCAUCAAAUAAUAAUACCAUAAACAGUGAGCAUGCAUUUUCUGUAAAAAGCUUUUCUGUAGUUUUACCAGAAAAUAAAACCUUAACACUUAAUUCUUCUCAUUUUAUUAGUCCAGGAACAUUGUCCACUAUAAACAAAGCCAUGCCUCUUUCAUCCCACCAUCAGAAGUCACAGAAGAGAAACAAUGAUAAACAAAACUCAGAAGUUUUAGUAUGUCAAUUGAGUAACUUUAGUGGGGAAGUAUCAUCUAAACAGAGAGACAAUAAUCAAAAUACUUUAAAUGCCAACUUCCUAAAUGAUGCGUCAAACAGUAUUCAUUUACAGAGCGAAAACAGUUCCUUUAGAAGGUUAGGUAGUAAAGAAAGUGUAGAUACUAUUAAAGUAAGAAGUUGUGAAAGCUUGGAGAAAGUUCCAGAAGCUGCUUACCAUCGACGAGUCAGCUUCUCAGCAAGAGUAAAACCCCAUCCCUCAGAGUUAAGCUCAGCUUUUGAAAACUUGGACAGUUACUCUGGUCGAGGAUUAGAUAUUAUUUCAUCUCAAAAUGGCAAUGAUCGUGCUCUGAGAAGGGCUCAGUUCAGAAUGUUUCAUGCAAAGUCUAUGAAUGAGCUUCCACAGACUCUUCAUGAAGCUCAGUCUCAGCCCAACUUGUUAAUAGAUCGCAGACAGAGAAGAGCUUCAGUAUGUGUUACAAGUCUGCCUUUUGAAAAGAAAACAUCUGGUACUACUCCAAUUCAUAGAAGGGAAAGAAGUACCUCACUUUCUCAUGAGGCAUUGCAAAGCACUCUAAACAAAACUGAGUUGUAUAAUUUCAAACAAGAGAAGAAAAGCUUUUGGGCAAAGUUGACAAGUAUCUUUGGAAAAUCAGAAAAUCCUACUUUACCUGCAGUAUCCCAGGAGGAGUCCGAAGAUGAUGAGUAUUCUGGGCCAGGUCAAGGUAUGGAAACGUCACUAGACCAUGGCUAUACUGAAGAAGAAGAAGAUUCAGAUGACAGUGAAACUACUUGUCCUAAAAAGAAAAUGAAUUCAGUAUUUGAUGUUGUGAUGACUUUACUUGCAUCUAAAAAGAAGAGGAAAGAACAACAAGAAUCCAGCUCAGGAGAUGAACACUCCAGAGAGUCUGAAAGACAAUCUUCACGUCCUUCAAAGACACCUCCAAAACCACCACCAAGGAAGACACGUAGAGUUACUGAUGAAAAAUCACCUUUUGAUGUAGAAUCUUCAUUGACUCUUACUACUAGUCCAGAAGUUGAAGAAAAUCUGCAGAUAACAAAGCUGCUUCAAGGUGACUUUGACAGUACUACAGAUAAUGAAGAUUCUAUAACAGAAGACUCACCCGUGCCAAAAAUUCCAGAAAUCUCACCAGAAAAUAUAAGAACUGUCAAUGGCCUUCAGCAAAUCCAGGAAGUGUUGAGAAAACAGUAUUUUAUUGCUGUAAAAGAGAGGCACGAUAAGAAUAAUCUAAAAAGUCGACUGAAUACUUUAAAGUGUGAAAGAAGUACUCUUCAAAGUAAACUGCGGGCAGAGAAGGCCAGUCAUAAUGGAUUACAAAAAAAGAUUCUGACAUUGGAAAAAGAACUAUUAGAACUCAAAUAUAGAAUUGAACAGGAAAUGAAUAGCAAGAUGGAUGCUGAGAGUUUACUGAAGACAGUGCAAAAUCAGCUGACAUCCACCUUAGUUUCUUACAACAGUGAGACCGAAGCCAAAGCAGUUUUACAAAAGCAAGUUGAUAGUCUUAACAAGGAUGUGAAAACCUAUAAUACUACGAUUAAGGAUCUGAAAGAUGAAAUACUGAACUGGAAAAAUAAAUUGGAAGAAGAACAAAGUAAACCAUCAAAACCCUUAUCUCCCUCACAAAUGAAAAACAGUAAUGCUGAGGAAGAAAUGGUGAAAUAUGCCACUCAAAUGAAACUCCUAGAACAUCAGAAUGAACAAUAUGAAGGAGAGAAUACCUCACUGAAGGCCCAACUUAAAAUCCUUCAGAAAGAACUAGAAAACAAAGAAGCUGAAUGGAUAGAGAGAAUAAAAUCCAUCACUGUGGAAAGAGAAGACUUGGAAAACAAAUGUGAAAUUUUACAAAAAGAAGCUGCUGUCGUACAUGAGAGUUUAGACAGUGUGUCAUAUAGAUAUACAUCAAACUAUACAAAUUUGGCUGAAGAGAAGGAAAAACUGGAGAACAGAUUAGCUGAAGAAUUAAAAGAUAAAGAAGCAAAAGAAAAAGAGUUGAAUGAAAACAAAGCAAAGUUGAAAAGACUCGAACAAGAAUUAGCCGAAGUUCAGGAAGAACUUCGGUCCACAAGGAACAAUUUAACAGAACAGAGUGACAAGUUCCAGAAAAUAAAGAUACAGGAACAUGCUGAAAAAGAAAAUCUUCUUGCUGACAAUUCAGAUUUGAAAAAACAACUUUCAGAAGCAACUCAAAAAGUAAAAGAACUCAAGACCUGUUUAGAAAAGAAUGAACAUGACUCUAGCCUUAUGAACAUGAACAUGCAUUCAGAACUUGACAAAAUGCAAAUUAUGUUUAAAGAGAAGAUUAAUCAAAGUGAAAAGCUAGAAAAGGAGAUAGAAGAAGAAAGAAAAAAGUGCGUUAGAAUUGAAAUAGAGAGCAGACAUACAGCUGAAGAGAAUAAAAAAUUGUGUGACAAAGUUAAUAACCUACAAGAUAAGCUCCUGAGUCAACAGCAAGAAAUCGCUACUUUGCGUGUUCAAUAUGAAGAUGCCAAAGUCAAAACUGUAGCUGAGAAAAACACUAAUGUCAGUUCAGAGAAAUGUACAUUGGACUCUUUGCUUGCUUCUCUUCGGUCUGAGCAUGAAAAAUUCAGAUCUAUGUUGGAAGAACAAAUUGAGUCCCUAAAAAUCACAGUGGAAAACCUUAGAGAGGAAUUAAAAGUGAAAGAUUCCAAGUUGUGGGAACUAGAACUGGAAUUGAGACAAACACACAGAGAGAUAUCUGAAUAUCAAAGAGAGUUGUCAAAAUUAGACUCUACCAAAGAAAUUUCAAAAAAGACUAUCGAAGAACAUUGUUUGGAACAAUCCAGACUAAGAACAGAAAUAAGCAAACUUCAGGAAGCUCUCCAAGAGACAAAACAAAAAUAUGGGCUUGCUGAAACUGAAGUGAAAACUCUCCAAAAACAGUUGAAUGAAGCUUACAGUGUGAACAAAAAUAAUGCAUCAAAACCUGUUCUUGAGAAAGAGCUUGCUGAAGUUCUUCAACGUUUACACAAGUCGGAAACACAUAGGAAAAAUCUGGAAGCCACAGUGCAAAAAAACAAUAAAAAGAUAGAAGACCUAGGAUCUAAUUUAGAAAACACUAGUCAGAAAAAACAGGAACUGGAAAAUACUGUCAAGGACUUGAAGAAGAAAAAUGAAGAUUUAGAAAGAAGAUUGUUUGAAGCAAAGUUAACUUACUCAGUUUAUUCUCGUGAAGCAGAAGAAAGCAGGCAUUUGUGGCAGCAUGAAACUAAAACAAUAAGCCAUCUUGGUAUCAAACUAAGUGAAGUGGAAAAACAAAAGAAAGAUUUAGAAGCUACUGUUACAGAUUGUCAAAAAAAAGUUUCAAAGGCUUUACAAGUCAAAAAGGUAGCAGAAAUUCGUCUUCAACAAGAACAGGAUAGAAUACAACAAUUGAAAGAAGACAUCAUCAACUAUAAAACACACCUGAAACGUGCAAAGCAAAAAAUAGAGGAUUUUGAAAAAUUUCCAGCAGAAGUUAGGUUAUUAACUCAAGAAAGAGAAUUUACCCAGAAAAAAGAAAAACUCCUAGAUAGAAUCUCAGAUCAAAGAAGACAGAUUGAAAAACUGGAAGAGCAACUUAACAAGGAACAAGUAUUACAUCAUCAGGCUGAGGAAAUAAACCGUAAACUAAGUGCAGAACUCGUUUCAUUACGUGGAGAAGAGCCUAGCCAAAUUCAUCAGCUCAGGGCAGAGUUGGAAUUACUUAAAGCUGGUAGUUUUAAAGGAAACUUACUUUUCCCAAAGAGUCUCUCUGACAGUUGGAGGCCUGAAGCACAUCAAGAUCAUUUAACCAAAUUGUUGAAUAAUAUCAACACUGAACUUCAUAACCAGUCCCUAACGAGAGACAUUAUGGAGAAAGAUCGAGCUAAAAGUGAAGCUUCCAUUAGACAGGAUUUUUUGCGCAACAAAAACAAUUACAUGGAACAAAUAUCCUUCUUACAAAAAAAGCUCUCAACAAAAGAGACAGAAAGAGGAGACUUGGAACAAAAUUUGGACCGAUUAAAAAGAAAGUUAGAAGCUGAACAGUUAGCUAGGAAAAGCUUAGAAACUCAGAUGUAUGCUACUGGUGGAUCUCAAGUGGUGAGACAAUUGAAUAAUCUCCCAGCUGAUAGUAAAAUACUGAACAAUUUUCGCAGUGCAACAGUCUCUGGUAGCCAGGAAAGUGUUGUAAGACGGAACUCCCAACCAAUUCAAUUCAGUACUCCCAAUAGUGACUUACCACUAAACAGCUUACCAGUGUGGCCUUCGAGUCCUGUCAGAAAACAUCAGCAAGAAAAAUUGGGUGCUGGUCUCUCCUCAAGUGUGGAAGCUGUGUAUCCAACACCACUAAGCUACCAUUUUCAAGCAGAAUUAGACAAAAUUUUCAAAAAAAAACUGGCCUCAGAUCCUCAUAUUGACAUUGCCAUACCAGCUAGCAUUUCUCAUGAAACAAAAUCUUUAGACUCGGCAUCAGAUAAGACAGCUUCAGAUUACUUAGAAACACUUCAGAAAAGAUACUGUGUAUGAAAAGCUCGAGGAAGAUAAGAAUUGUUGACCAACUUUUAUUUCUUUUUUUUCCAGACUUAUUUUAUAGGCAUAAAUGAUGUUAGCUCUUUAGCACCAUGUUAUCACUUUGUUUAUUAUUCAAGUGCGUUUGUGAUAAAAGAAUUAAGCCCAUGUAUUCCUUUUAUAAUUGAAAAAAAUAUGACUAUAGUGCACUAUUUCACAAAAUAAGUACUUGUAGAUUAUCAAUAUUAUCUUCAGAGAAAUGGCAGUUCUUUCUAUAAAAUCAAAGAUGAAUCUUUUCUUUUAGGCAAAGGUGGUGAAUAUCAUUUAGAAGUGAAUGACUAGAAGAACAAAUAUAUGUUUAUUAGAUUAGCCAUGACUGAAAGUGCCUCAAGGUGUACAUAAUAAAAUCUGCUGGAUAAGAAAGUGCCAUAAUUAUAUAUAUUUAUUUAAAAUGGGUAUUUCAUAAGUUAUUUGCUUGUAUGUGUGAACAACGUUUUUGUGGAGUUUUGAAUUGCCGUAGAUCAAACUGAAGUAAUUUUCUGUGUUCCGUCCAUAAGGGAUUUUGACUAUAACAUAUUCUCAUAAAAUUCAUUUUAUUGACAAAUAGAUAUAUAUAUAUACAUAUGUAUACAAUUAUUAUUGUUAUUGUUUGUUCAU